UCUUACAAUCAGUAUAAUUCUGACCAGCGUACUGACAGAACUAUGGAGGUACCACUCCCAGACUUAGAUCUCUUCAUGGAGCAAUGUGAUAUGGAGUUCUGUCCACCUCCAUUAUUUGAUCUUCCUCCCCCUCCUCCUCCCUCCUGGAUGGAGACAGGACAGGACUGCAGAGAAACUGGAGGUUGUCACAAUGCACCUAUUAUCAGCAGUUUAGACAAUGUUCAGGAGAUAUUUCACAGUAUUUCAAUCAUUGUUGUAUCAUCUCUCAUCAUUGUCAUUUCACUUAUGUUCGGAGCUGUUCUUCUUUGGAGACGAAGACAGUUUUUACUCCGCAAGUUUGGAUCCAACCCGGAGAUAACCGGAGAAUCAGAUCUUUCCAACGAGAAGACAAGAAAACCGGAGUUCGGACACAGAACUCUUCCAAACCAUUAUAUCAGUGAUCAUCAGCUUAUCGCAGAUCUUAAUGGACGAACCAUCUUACCAGGUUCCGGAACCAUUCAGCAUACUUCCACUCCGUCUUCUCCUCCUUCUACUCUUAUUAUCGGAGGAGUUCCGUUCCACCUCUUUGAGCAUCCUAAACCUGAGGGUGUAGUAAGAUACGAAGGAGGGGAGUAUCCAGGCUCUCAGAGAAGUAUAUAUCCGGUAUAUGAAACAAUAGAGAGUGAUUACAGUGAAUUGAGCAGUGUGUACAGUGACAGGGAUUUAUCAGGACUCUCAAGAAACUUCUCUGGGAGAAGUGGAGGUGUGUCGGGAACCUACCACGAUAUGUCAGGGGUUCAAUAUCUAGUCUCUGGGUUUAAUACAAUCAGUGCUCGACCGGAUACACUUAAUGGGACCGGAUUACGAGAAUCCGUGUUACAGUUUGGUCAAUCAGGACAGUUAGGACAGGAAGUGUCUGGUUAUCCUUUUAGUUCACAAAAUCAGAUAAACCAGGAUAGUUUCUCCGGACCCCAGCAUCAGCAGCUGGCCAGUCGGCCUGAUCUCAGGAUAAAUCGAACCCUGCUGAGAAACCUUCCAGCCAGGAGAACUCAGUCCUUUAAAUCUCAUCCUCCCCUUCCUCCCCUUCCUCCCCUUCCUAGAAUACAGUUUCUUCAAUCCACAAUCAGUUUAGAGGGUCCUCCUGCCUCCAGUCCUGUUACCCAGCUCUAGAACCUUCAUUAUCCAGGCUCCAGUCCUGUUACUCAACUCUAGAACCUUCAUUCUCCAGGCUCCAGUCCUGUUACUCAACUCUAGAACCUUCAUUCUCCAGGCUCCAGUCCUGUUACUCAACUAUAAAACCUCCAUUCUUCAACCUCAAGUGCUGUUAUUCAAUUAUAUAACCUCCAGUUCUGUUACUCAACUUUAGAGCCUCCAGCUUUGUUACUAAACUAGUAAACUCUUGAACCUCCAAAAAUUGAACUCGACCAUGAAGCCUCAAAUAGCAAUAUUUCACAACCUCCACUUUUCAACCUCCAGCUCUUUCAUUCAACAUUGAAACCGCCAUUCUUUCAUUUCCUACCAUUUCACUCAACUCUGUUACCUUCAUUCUCCAACCCUGUAAGAGAACCAAGGGUUUUAAUAUCCAAUCUUAUCACUCAAUUCUGGAUCCUCAAUUUGACCACUCAAUUGUAGAAGGAUCACUCAACACAUUCUCCUCUCUACAUCGUUAUCAUUCAUCCUCUCUCCAUCCUAUGUCCAGCCGAGGUCUGGCCUCGUGUCAUUAUAAAUCAAACCUAGGACUGAAACCAUUAUAUCUGUGCCAAAGAAAGGAUAAUCUCAAAUGUUCAGCAUAUGGACAAAUAUAUUCUCAAUCUGUGAUCUACAAUAUGUUUAUAUAGAUUAUUGUUAUCUUAAAUCUAAUAGAAUAAACAUUAUUAUAAUAUA